AUGGCUCCGUCGCAAUACAAGACCCCGCCACAGCUGCCGCCCAAGUUCACAGCUACAAAGCAAAGCUUAGUUGACGAUGCAAAGAGACUGAUCGACAGGUCUCGCAGCGUCCAAGAUGCUAUCGUUCGCGAUGUAAAGCCCGAGAACGCGAACUUCCAAAACACACUCCUCCAAAUCGCCCGCGAUGACAACAAGAUGGCCAUCGAAUCGCACAUCCUUGGCUUCUACAACGCUGUGUCAACAAGCAAGGAGCUGCGCGAUGCAUCCAGCGAGGUGGAACAGAUGCUUGACGACUUUGGCAUUGAGUCGUCCAUGCGCGAGGACGUCUUCAAUCUCAUUGACGCUGUGCUGAAGAAGGGCGAGAAGCUGGAUCCUGAGUCCCAGCGGCUGCUGGAGAAGGACCACAAAUCGUUCAUUCGAAAUGGUCUGAAUCUUCCCGCGGGACCCAAGAGGGACAGGUUCAAGGAGAUCAAGCAGCGUCUGAGUCAAAUCGGCAUCGCCUUCCAGAAGAACCUUAACGAAGAGAACGGUGGGCUGUGGUUCACACAAGAGGAAUUGCACGGCGUGCCAGAAGACGUCACCUCAGGACUCAAGAAGGGAGAAGGCGAAAACGAGGGCAAGUUAUUCCUGACCUUCAAAUACCCCGACCUCUUCCCAACCCUCAAGUACGCCACAAACCCGGAGACAAGGAGGAAGGUUUUCGUCGAGAAUGAGAACAAGUGCAACGACAACGUACCACUGUUCAGAGAGGCCAUCUUACUCCGCGACGAAGCCGCCCGCCUUCUAGGCUACGACAACCAUGCACAGUUCCGGAUAGAAGACAAGAUGGCGAAGACCACCAAGACCGUCGAUGACUUCCUCGGUGACCUGCGCGAAAGGCUCGCACCAGGUGGCAAGAAGGAAAUUGAGAAGCUGAUGGAAUUGAAGGAGCAAGACGUCAAAGAGAAUGGAAUCACAGGUCCGUUGGCCAAAGACUAUUACCUUUGGGACAACAGGUACUACGAUCGUCUGAUGCUGGAGAAGGAUUUCCAGCUCGACCACCAAGUUAUUGCCGAAUACUUCCCCCUGCAGACAACCAUCCAAGGCAUGCUGAAAAUCUUCGAGGAGCUCUUUGGUCUGGUGUUCGUCGAGAUUGUGGGCGAGGAAGACAGGGCUGCCCUUGCUGACGGUGGCAAGGGAUCCGACAUUGUCUGGCAUGAGGAAGUGCAAGUCUUUAGCGUUUGGGACGACAAGGGCGAGGGCGAAGGCUUCGUUGGCUAUCUCUACCUGGAUCUCUUCCCACGUGACGGCAAGUAUGGGCAUGCUGCCAACUUCAAUCUGCAGCCUGGCUAUAUAGAUGAGAACGGCAAGCGACGUUAUCCCGCGACGGCUCUAGUCUGCAACUUUUCCAAGCCAACGAAGAAGAAGCCCUCACUACUCAAGCACGAUGAGGUAGUCACUCUCUUCCACGAGCUUGGACACGGUAUCCACGACCUGGUAUCACGAACGACCUACUCUCGGUUCCAUGGCACCAACACUGUUCGCGACUUCGUUGAGGCGCCAUCUCAGAUGCUGGAGAACUGGUGCUGGACACCUUCGCAACUACGCUCUCUAUCUCACCACUACUCUUACAUCUCUUCCGACUAUGAGAAGGCAUACUUAGAGUCAUCAGGCGCCGAGAAGAAGCCGUCAGAGCAGAUUCCUCAAUCGUUGAUCGCCAAGUUGAUCUCUACGAAGCACGUCAAUGACGCGCUGUUCAACUUGAGACAGUUGCAUUUUGGAACCUUCGAUAUGGCUGUUCACGAGCCGGCCAGCCACGAGGAGCUCGAAAAAAUGGACAUCACUGAGAAGUACAACUCUUUGAGGCACGAGAUCAGUCAGCUCAAGGGCCCUGAAUCGCUGGAGGGAGACAAGAAGGGUGACUGGCACUGGGGUAAUGGGCAGGCUACGUUCGGUCAUUUGAUCGGUGGUUAUGACGCUGGCUACUAUGGCUAUCUCUCUUCUCAAGUCUACUCCACAGACAUGUUCUACACUGUCUUCAAGGACGAUCCUAUGAACCCCAAAGAAGGCCGCCGCUACCGACACACCGUUCUUGAGCGUGGCGGUUCCAAGGAGGAGAUGGAAAUCCUUGAGGAAUUCCUUGGCCGCAAGCCCCAGACAGAAGCCUUUUACAAGGAACUGGGAAUCUCACAGUAG